AUGAACAGAUACAUAGCAAAAUUAAAAACUUUUAAUAAUAGAAAUGAUGAAAAUGUAAAUGAGCCAAAUGCACACGAGAAAGAAGACAAAGGUAAAGAGAAGAAAGAAGAACUAUUCGAAAAGGGAUCAAACAAUUCAAGAAAAGAUAAAUUGCGUGUGCUCUCUAGAGGAUUAAAUAUUAAAAAUGUAAAUAAACUAUAUGAUGAUAAUGAAUUAAAUGAAAAUUGUUUAAGCGCAAAAAUUCGAUUAAAAAAAAAAAAAAUUAUUAUGGAUAGCAGUUCUGAAGAGGAACAAGUAAACAACAGAAAUGGAAAAUUAGAAGAAGAAAGGGAAUAUAAAAAAAAAAAAAAUGAUCAUACGAAUAAAAAGAAAAGAAUUGUGCGUUUAAGUGACAAUUUACAAGGAAAUACAUCAAAAUUUAAUGAGUACAUUAAUACAUCUAUUAUGUUUGAAAAAAGCAACGAUAAUAUUUUUGCCAAAACAGAUACGAGAAAAAUGUUAACAAGCAAAAAAGUCAUAAAUAAAGAUUUUCAACUAGCCAAUAAAAUUAACGAAACCGAGGAAUAUAGUGAAAAGGGCCAACAUGAUUUGUUAUAUAGCUUUUACACUCACAAAGCUCACAGAAAUAAAAAUAAUAAUAGCAGUAAUAAUAGCAGUAAUAAUAGCAGUAAUAAUAGAAGUAAUAAUAGCAGUAAUAAUAGCAGUAAUAAUAGAAGUAAUAAUAGCAGUAAUAAUAGCAGUAAUAACAUUAUGAACAAAAAUUCAUGUGAAAAAAAUAAUAUCACUAGGGGAAAUAAAACAAAUAGAUAUAUCCUCACCUCUAAUUCAGAAAUUAUCAAACAAAAUGAUACGUCGAAUAAUGGAAGUAAUAAAAGCAGAAGAAUUGCGCAAAAUAAAAAUAACACAUCAUUUGUAAAUCUUUUUAGUGAAAAUGAAUCAAGUGAAAGUGCAGAGAAGGAAAGUAAUAAUGAUCAAAAUAUAAACAAUAUUAAUGACACAGAAGAAAAGAAAAAAAAAAAAAGGAAAAGAAAAAAGAAUACAAAGAAAAUGAAAAAGAAAUUAUUAACAAGUAAUAAAAAAAAUAACAAUCCAUGCUCUGCAGAUUCUGAUUAUUCCUAUUAUUCAAAUAAUUAUGAUUAUUCUAAUUAUUAUGAACAUACGGAGGAUAAUUCACUUGAUGAGACAAAUGCAUCAUAUGAUAGUGAAAAUGAAGAGCAAAAUCAAUCAGAGGAAUAUGCAUUACAUUUGCAAAUAUAUAAUGAACAGAAUUUAUUUAAUGAAGAUUUUCAUUUUAACUCCUUAAGUGUGAAAAAAUCAAUUAAAUUGUACAUAGAAUUUAUUACACUUUCUUUAUUAUCGCCCAGCUUUCAGUAUGAUGCCAACUAUUUUAAAAUUUCUAAGAAUGUAAGUAACCUAGAAAAUAUAUUAAAAGAAAAUUAUUCGAAUAUGCAUAAACAGUUUGAAAAAAAAAAGUCUCUUCAAGACUGUUAUAAUUAUUCAAUUGGUUCGACUGAUAAAGUAAAGGAGAAAACAAAAAAGCAAAAACAUAAAAUGAAGAGGAACAAUAAAGAAAAAAAAAAGAAAUCCUUAAAAAAAUUGUUCCGUUGUAUUACUGAUAGCGAAAAUAGCUAUGAAAAAAAGGAAUGCGAUCAGAGUAAACUUCAUAACGAUGAUUCUAAGGCUAGUGAAGAGAAAAUGAAAAAUCAAAAUAACAAAAGAAAAAAAAAAAAAAAAAAAUAUAUAUUAAGUGAUAGUUCUAGCUCAAUAACGGAAGUUGAACAAUCAAGCGAAAAGAAAAUAAAAAAAAAGAAAAAUAGAAAUAUAGAAAAAAGCACUAGUGAAGUAUAUGUAAAAUUAAGCAUAGAAGAAGAGGGUAAUCGAAAGGAUUAUUUUGAAGAAAUUUUGGAAAUUACACAAUCUGAUAGUGAAGGAAAAAUGGAGGAUCGGCAAGAUCUGGGAUCAAAGGGGGAUAAGGAAGGCGUAGGAAGUACGCAGCAAGGCUCAGAACAUAAUGCACAACGAAGCAUCAGUAGUGAAUAUGAGAGUGAAGAAGAGAAUGAGAAUGCGGAUAAUGAUGAAUGUGAUGGAUAUGACUCCGGCGAAUAUGAAGAUGAUGAUUUUCUUGAAGAUGAGAAUGAGGAUCAUGAUAGCUUUAUAAACACGUCGAGUGACGAAAGGGAAUAUGCUUUUAAUUAUAGCAAAAGAAUUAAAAAAAAAUUGAUGGAAGAAUUAAAUGAUAAUGUUAUCCAUGAUAUUUUAAAUGAUGAAAUGCUAAAGAUAUAUGAAUUUGUUAAGAAAGAAGAAAAUUUUAAUAACUAUGAUUUUUUAAAAAUGAUUUGUAAAAUAAGUAAGAAGAAAUCAAGCAAUCAUUAUAAUAGAUGUAUUCAAAAAAUAGAAAAUAAAAUUUUAUCAAAAAGGGACCAAUUUGAAUCUCAUCCUUUUGAAACAAAUUUUAAAAAUAUUUUAAAAAAUUAUGCAAACAUCUUUAUUUUUUAUUCAGAAUACAAUAAAAUAUAUUGCUGCUGCUGUAAUCGGAAAUUAAAUGCUGCAUACCCCGUAUUUUUUAUUAAACCGUUUUAUAAUUCAUCCGAUUUAUGGAAUAACUGUUUUUUUAAUUUUAUGAAAGUAAAUAAUUUUAAGUGCUUUGGAAAUAUGUGCCAAAAUACUACUUUAUAUAGUCCACUUGAUAUAUCGAAUAAUAGUAGCAUAAAUACAGAGGAUGAAUGGAAAAUGAAGGAAAUUAAAGAGUCUAACAGAUUAUUUAUUAAAAAUCAGAAUGAAAAAGGAAGAAGAAAUUUAUUAGUACGAAUAAAUAAUUACAGCGAUAUAGAUGGUCAUACAAUUAUGAAUAAUGAAAAAUUUAUUCUGAAUCACUUACAACAAAAUGAAGAGUCCAAUGGUUAUAGGUAUAUUGGUAAUAUGGACGAAAAGCGGUUAAAAAGGAAGAGAAAAAAUUUUAAAGGGAAUUAUGAAUUUUUAUAUAAGGGAAAUGAGUGUAAUGAAAAUAAUUUAAAUUUUAUUUUAAAAGAUGUAUGUGAAAGUUUUACAACUCUGUCUGAAAAUUAUAUAGAUAGAGAUAUAUUAGUUUUACAGUUAGGUUCCUAUUGUGUAUCCACUGUAUAUUACUGGCAUGUAUUUCAUCAUUAUAAGUUUUUCUUUACAAAAUAUAUUUAUAUGAAUUUAUUAAAUUUAUAUAAUAAAAAUAAGUACUUAUUUAGAGAACCUUUAUUGUUAGCAUAUAUAUUAUCAAGAAAAUUAAGUAAGGAGUUAUAUAGAGAUUUUAAAAUACUUAUGAACAUAGACAUAUCUCAAAUACAACAUAAACUAAAUGAGUCUGAUUCCAUUAUAAGGUAA